AUGGCGGUGUUUGAAGACGAGGAAAAAAUUGAGGAAAAAAUUGAGGAGGAAAUUGAGGCGGAAGUGGACGGUGAAGAUGACGACGAGGACGAGGACGAGGACGAGGACGGCAGUGAUGAGGACGAAGAGAAGGACGUAGAACCGGAAAGUGGUGGUCGGGGACCGGCUCAGCCGGUUUACGGUGAGGACGACGACGAUGAGGCUGGAGAAAACGAAGAAGAUGACAACGAUGAUGAUGAUGAUGACGACGACGAUGACGACGAUGAUGACGAGGAUGGAGAAGAAGACGAAGAGGAGGAUCUGGGCACGGAAUACCUAGUCAGACCAGUUGGUCGUGCUGAGGAUGAGGAAGAUGCUAGUGAUUUCGAACCCCAAGAGAAUGGUGAAGAAGAUUUUGAGGAUGAUGAAGAGGACGAUGAUGGAAAAGUUGAGGCACCACCAAAGAGAAAACGAGCAGGCAAAGAUGACUCUGAUGAUAGUGAUGGUGGAGAGGACGAUGAGAGACCAUCCAAGCGGUAG